GCAUCUUGAUUCGUUACUGCGGCACGUGUCAUGACCAUGCACAUGAAUGAUGAAUGUAUAGUACAUGUAAUGUUCACGCAAACGCAUAAUGUACUCGCUAGCAAACGUUUGAUUGAGACUUGAGAAACUUCUAACAAUGGCGGAUCUGAAAGACGAACGAGGAAACCCGAUCUAUCUCACAGACGAACACGGGAAGCCGGCUCAGCUCAUGGACGAGUUUGGUAACGCCAUGCACCUGACAGGUGUGGCAACCACCGUUCCUCACCUUAAGGAGAGCAGCCACACCGGUCCACACCCAAUCACUGCCCCAGUCACCACCACCAAUACUCCUCACCACGCACAACCUAUCUCCGUGUCCCACGACCCCCUUCAAGACCAUGAUCUCCGCUGGUUCGGCACCAACUUGCCGGAGGAGGACUGGGAGGAUGGUGAAGGAGCAAGGAGUAAAACUACGGAUGAAACUAAAUCGAAGCUAGGCGUCAACAAGCCAUCAUCUGCAACCGUAACAGAAACAGGAUCAGGAUCAGGAUCGAUUCAAGAGCCGCACGAGAAGAUCAAGGAGAAACUUUCUGGCCACCCUCAGUCGCACUUCUUCUCUAAGUCCUUCCAUCUGAUUCCGCCACCGUCUCAGGUGUUGCGGUCUGAAAUUUCCUCUAUUCGUCUCUCUUCUUCUUAUAGAAGCAGCCGAUUCUCCUUUCUAUCUUCUUCUGCAAUCGCUGUUCCCGUCUCCCGCCGCCGGAUCUCCCUGACAAUGGCUUCGAACUCGAAACAGCCUAACGUAAGCGAAGAGUCUCCUUCGAAACUGAGCGAUACUGAGCUGGAUCGAUUCGCCGCUGUGGGAAAUGCAUUAGCUGACGCUUCCGGCGAGGUUAUCAGAAAGUAUUUCCGGAAGAAAUUCGACAUUGUUGAUAAAGAUGAUAUGAGUCCUGUUACAAUCGCUGAUCAAAUGGCUGAAGAGGCGAUGGUUUCGAUUAUAUUCCAGAAUCUUCCUUCUCAUGCUAUAUUUGGUGAGGAGAAGGGUUGGAGAUGCAAAGAGGAAUCUGCAGACUAUGUUUGGGUUUUGGACCCAAUCGAUGGAACAAAGAGCUUUAUAACAGGGAAACCCGUAUUUGGUACGCUGAUAGCUCUGCUCUACAAAGGUAAACCGAUUCUAGGACUGAUUGAUCAGCCUAUUCUAAAAGAGAGAUGGAUAGGAAUGAAUGGAAGAAGAACUAAAUUAAAUGGGGAGGAUAUCUCAACGCGAUCUUGCCCAAAAUUAUCACAAGCAUAUUUAUACACCACUAGUCCACAUCUUUUCAGUGAAGAGGCAGAAAAGGCAUAUGCUCGAGUGAGAGACAAGGUGAAAGUGCCAUUAUACGGCUGUGAUUGUUAUGCUUACGCUCUCCUGGCUUCUGGAUUUGUCGAUCUUGUCAUUGAAUCCGGUCUAAAGCCAUAUGAUUUCCUUGCUCUGGUGCCUGUAAUAGAAGGCGCUGGAGGUACCAUAACCGAUUGGACUGGUAACCCAUUUCUGUGGGAGGCUUCAUCCAGUGCAGUUGCGACAAGCUUUAAUGUAGUUGCAGCAGGAGAUUCAGACAUUCAUCAGCAGACUUUGGAGUCACUUGAGUGGCAGUGAAAAGCUUUCACUGGUAUGUUCUUGCCUACUUAUUGUUUCUUCAUACUUUCUUUCUUUACGACAGAUAAUUAUGAUCACUUCGUUCAUAUUUGCUUGUUCAGUUGUUUGAUAAAAAAACUGAUAGUUA